GCUUUUCAUUCUGUGUCUGUCUGUCAAAAAGCCGUUUGCUGCUGUUGAUGGGUGUCGAGUUUCUGUAAAUUCCCCAAUUUAAUCGUCUUUAUUUGUGAUUUAAUAUAUGCCCAGACAACUAAAAAUGGUUUAAUUAUUACCUCGUGCUAUAAAUUAAAUUCAGUGGUUGUUCUCUAACUCUGGUAGAAGUUGUAAACAAAUCCAAAAUGUCCGUUCCUCUUACUGGAUUGAGCAAAUUGAAGAAGAAACAUAUUCGUGUAAAACACCAAAAAGUGAAACUGUUCCGUGCAAAUGAACCAUUACUGUCAGUGUUUAUGUGGGGUGUGAAUCACACGAUUAAUGAGUUAAGUCAUGUCACAAUACCUGUUAUGCUCCUCCCGGAUGACUUCAGAGCUUACUCCAAGCUCAAAGUUGACAACCAUUUAUUUAACAAAGAAAACAUGCCAUCCCACUUCAAGGUCAAGGAGUACUGCCCUCUGGUGUUCAGGAACCUGAGAGAGAGGUUCGGCAUCGACGACCUCGACUACAAGGAAUCCCUCACAAGGUUUAGGAAGCCAGAUAACUACCUGUGUUCGAGGGCACUGAAGAGGCCUAGCUGUCUGCUGCGGCGGUCGGCGACAGCGCCCACAGGUGUUGCCAACUUGAAAAACGAAACACACCAAGAGAGCAUAUUCCACGAUGCAAGCGCGUUCGUCAAACGAGGCCUGACGAUAAAACGCCUGAGAUCUCAGCCGAUCCCGGACGACUCCUCAGGCAAGUCCGGCGCCAAGUUCUACCAGAGCUACGACCGCCUCUUCAUCCUCAAGACCCUAACCUCCGAGGAGGUCGAGAGGAUGCACUCGUUUCUAAAGCAUUAUCAUCCUUACAUAGUAGAAAGGCACGGCAAGACCCUGCUGCCGCAGUACCUGGGCAUGUACCGGCUGACCGUAGACGGCAUCGAGCACUACCUCGUCGCCACCAGAAAUGUGUUCUCCAACCAUCUUAAUAUACACAAAAAAUAUGACUUGAAAGGUUCGACAGUAGAUCGAGAGGCGUCCGAAAAGGAACUGGAGAAGGAGCUGCCGACGCUGAAGGACAACGACUUCAUCAAGCAAGGAGUCCGGAUCGAUAUCGGAGACGCUGCCAAAGAGAAGCUCCUGGAGACCCUCACCGCUGAUGUGGAGUUCCUAACGAAGUUGCACCUGAUGGACUACUCGCUGCUGCUGGGCAUGCACGAGUGCGGGCGCGGCGAGGCCGAGGCCGAGGCCGCGCGGGCCGACGCGGACCUCGACACCGACAACGACACGGACAGCGACAGCGACACCGACAACAGGCAUCAUGGCGACCGAUGGGGCUGCAACACUCCCCCGGACAGCCCGCGCGGCUUCGCGCGCCAGACCUCGCUGCGCUACGAGGGGAUCAUCCCGGAGCUGGACAUCUACGCCAUACCCAGCCAGGAAGGUGCCCCUAAAAAGGAGAUAUAUUUCGUUGCCUUGAUUGACGUGCUGACCCAUUAUGGAGUUAAGAAACAGGCGGCGAAAGCAGCAAAGACUGUGAAAUACGGCAGUAAUGUCGACGGUAUAUCGACUUGUGACCCCGAACAGUACGGCAAGAGGUUCAUAGAGUUCGUAGCUAAAGCCAUCGAAGGCAACUAGGCGGUCACGCGUCCACGGUGCUUCUUCUAGUACUUAACACAGUCAUUGAGUGUCAUUCAAAUAAACAACGAUUUUUUCAACUCUCGGCAAUUUUUUUGUAUAGAACAACAUAUCGAUUAAUAAAUUGGUUAAAAGUAACAAAACCCGACGAAUUGCUUGCCGAUGCUUUUAUUUUGGUAUGACUAAGAUCAAAGAUAAGAUUGUACAGGCCUUGCUUGAUUAUAGACACUCCAUUGACUUAAUACUCUGCGUUUUUAUAGGUGGCGUGACUGUAGCUUAAGGUUUGUAAAUGUCAACAACUAAAAUUGUCGACAACGUCUCUAUCACUAUGAUAUCAGAUUGAAAUAAUACGGAUAUGUUUUACAAGGAUCUAAAGUUAUAGUAGCGCCAUGUCAAAUAAUUUUGACUGAACUUACAAUUUUAAGUUACAAUUUCGAAGUUUGUUAGUGACACAAAACUUCAUAACGAAAGUAGAUUGUGUAUGAACGGUUAAUGUAAUAACUAUGGAAUGUUUUCGCUACAUUCAUUUUUAGUUUCCGCUAGUUCAUUUAUUAGACGUAAUUAAGUUCGCUCAUAAUCCUUUGUUAGUAAUUAAAUUGGAGUUUACAGGGUGACGUAGAUUUUAAAAGGGCUGGUAGUUUAUUUAGAUGCGUUUUUUGAAAAUUUCUACUAUUAACUUUACCCGGUUGAAGUUGAUGUUCUUAAGUUUUCUUUCAAUGCUAUCGUCACGUAGUUACGUACUAAAAGAAGCACCGCUUAAAUGUUGUUAUAACUUGUCUCCGACAAGUGACAGGAUACAGUAAGUGUAAUAUCGUCGGUUCUUAAUAAAAAUGCAAAUAAAUUCAUGUUGAAAAUCGUAGUGAGGAGGCAUAUAAUUGAUAUUAGCGAUUGCGAAACGAAAUGUUUGUGGAAUGUUCGCGUUUAUCAAAUUAUUAAGGUAUUUAUGCGCUUUGCGUGCGUAUUGUAACAUGUAUAGAUACGACGGGUUAAGGUUCAUAGUGGGUUUAAGUCGACAUGGCUUUCUUAUUGGGUGAUAUCUUUUCUAGUGAAAGCACCACAUCGGUUCGUGAAGGUCGGCUACCAGCGAUUGCGACCUAUCUCUAACCUUUGCAAUUAAAAUUACUUCAUAACUAAUACUUACUGUGGUACUUCAAAAAGUUCAACAUCUCAUAGCACAGAGAUACUCUAUGAAAUGAUCAUUCAGUGCGCCCUCUGUCGGCUUGUUCCCCUCUACAUCGAACCUCCAUAGUGAACCCAGGGCGGUUGUCUGCACAGGACAGUUACGGGUUGUUAGGGACCCACGGUUUUUAUAAUAAUAUUCUACACUUCGUCUCGACGUUUGCGAUAAGCGGACCCUUUUUGACAAUAUUCACUUUAUUCUCACAUUACUAAGGCAGAAUACUCAAACGAUACUCAAUUUUAAAGCGCUUUCAAGUCUAAAGGUAUAUUCAAGAGACAUAGAGAGAGAGAUCAUUUUAAAGUUGAGUUUCGUUUGAGUGGACAGGGCUAAGUCCCUGUUUUGUGCUGUUUAACUUAAGGCAUUGUUUUGUAUGAAGCUGCCCAGAUUAUUAUCUCACAAAAAGAUGUCUGUUGUAGAAAAAAACAGAUGAAAAAUUUGGAGUAACAAAGUAAAGGUAUAUUUUUUCAAUUUGGGAUUGCAUUGACAAUAAUAACGCUACCUUAUAUAUUAAUAACGGAUAUAUAAAUAGAAGAUAAUAGUUACGGCAGCCUCAGACGAAGCGAUUUAGCUAACGCGCACUGUCCCCCGAUACCCGACUAUAUCACAAUAAUAAUAAGUCACAUUUUUGAGUCGUGAUCCCGAUUGACGUUUUUGUACGAUUCAAAAAUCAAACCAAAGUUGCAAUCUUCGCACACGCAAUUCCUUCAGACCACAGAUUAAUAAACACAUGGAGUUCUAGAUGUAUCUCUUUAAAAUUUUCUAUAAAUUUAAGUGUGAUGAAAAUAGUUUUAACUGUCGAUUGGCACAAUAUUGUCGUUUGUAAGUUGCAAGUACUCUACUUGUUAAUACUUCAUGUGUUUAAUAUUCUUGAGUCAAAUAUGUGUCAUAAUAUGCAUUUGUCUUGGUACGUUUAUAGACUGUCUGUGUUUCGACUGCAAGUUGUGUUAUACAGUAGUGAUGCGAUCUCAUCUAGGUGUAUCCAAAACUACAAUUGUCUUGCGGACUCGACACAGCCAAAGUUCUACUUAUGACGUACUCCUUAAACACGUUUAAAAAUAAUUUUCAUAACUCGUUAUUAGCUUUUUUAAUGUUCCGCUAAUGCGUAGAUUAGUAUUGACAAAUUAUAAAAUUAAUAAAAAUGUUGAAUAUCAUUGGAUUAGGAUGUUGACGUGUUACGGUUGGCCAAUUUAAUUAUAACGAUAAAUUCAAUGUAUACUAUUGGCCGUUGUAUUAUAUCUUAUUAUGCCUUCUAUAUAUUGUUUAUUGUUUGAAGUACAUACGAUUACGUGUUUUGUUCAUAAUAAAUAUUGUGAAUAAUUCUUGGACAGUGUGGAUUGAUUCAAAGUCAAAUUGAUGGUGUCAAUGAACUUUUUUAGAUAGUGGUUUCCGAUGAUGGCGGCGUUUAAAAUCUUAAAUGUCGCAGAUCUGAGGGGUUGAAUCAAUCCAUGCUUUUUACUUGUGUGAAGGGUUUGCAUCAGAUAGUAGUUUCACAAAUCUGUUCAGAUUUGCAGAAGCUCAUAUAAAGUAGUCGAAGGUACACUUGAGGGACCUCACACAUGUAUUACCAAGUAAGACUGUCUUGUCGGUCGAUUCGGUAUUGUACUUGUUAACCUUAACUAUGUAUUCUAUAACGAGGACAUUAAGUCCAAAAUUGUAUAAAAACGGCCAUUGUUAAGAGUCGGUGUUUUACCCAAUAAAUAAUUACCUUACGUCAUUUUUGCCAAUAUACCCAUACCUAGGUCGCUUAGUUUCUGUCUAGUGUAGUGUUUUUAAUAGUACGAUGUAAGAUUUUGUUAUUUAUUAUUCUAUAUUUCGAAUAAGACUUGGAUUGUUAUGAAGUCUUUGUGAUUUAUUCUGUGAAAAUUCAUGUGCCGUUUACGGUGUACUAAUAAUAUUGGUAAAUUUUAUACUUUGUGCGUCGCUCUCGCCGCGACUGGAGUAGCGCGGCGGCCGGCGACCUGUCGAACGUUUAGCUGACCUCACAGUUAUGUAUCGCUCUUCAUCUAAUACUUUUAACUUUUGACUGUUUAUCAGGUAAAUAUAAAAAAGUUUAUCUACGAAAAUCAGUAUUGUAGGCUUCACUCGGUACGCCUUUGAUUUGAAAUAAUUUUGUCGAACGUUAGUUUUUUUUUGUGAUAGAUAUUGUUUACUUUUAGAUAUUAAUUUUACAUAAGAGUUCGAGCUCGUCACUUCUUCGUAUUGCUAAAUUGAUAACAAACGCAGUCAAGUACCAUUAUAUAACGAAGUGAUCAGCUUUGGUAGUGUUAGAAAUCCUUUGUUACCCUCUCAGUGGAGAGGAUUUAUUUUUAAUUUUAUCCAAACUCUGUCUACAUAUUCCUGAACAAUGUGUUAGUCAUGAAAUGAUUCAAAUUAUGUCAUAUGUGUUGCCAUUGUUUAGGUCGAUAAUUGUAUUUUAAUUUGUAGUUAUGUUAUUUCGAAUAGGUUUUAUCUUGUUAUCGGUGACGGUUGAAGCCGCGAGCCCGCAGUGUACGGCAUAUAUUUAUUAAACGAUAGCUUCGCUACAUACAGACAUAUUCGGCAUGUAUGCAACACGGUUGAAAUGUUAAUUCUCUAGUCUACUACUCUUGUAAAGACAAAAAUGUGUAUGAAAAUUAAAACUUAAUUUUUUAAAUAUUCGGUUUAUAAAGAUUCUGCAUUAUA